UGUACGUAUUAAAAUGAGACGUUAAAAUUUGUCCGCGUGAUCGAUACGGGCAGCGGAUUAUGGGAUUAUGAUCUUCGAAAAUUCCUGAUGGUCAACAACAAAACUUGACUCUCCGAUCAUAACACAACAGACUUCACCACAAUUUCUAGGUAUAAACAGGUGAAUUUCUACGUACCGAGGUCAGUGUAUCACUGUCUGUUGACCGGCUAGUGUAACCUAACCUCAAAUAUUUCGCAUCGCUUUCCAGUUUCGUCGAAAAUUGCAAACUGCAUGUUUUCUUAGCGCAGUCAACGUCUUGUUUUUCGUUUUCUUCUUCUCUUUGUGCUGAAAGAAUCUUGGCGUGAAACAUUAUUGAAAAAUUAUUUUCGGAAGAACGUGGUCCGGUGUGAGAUUUACAGAAAUCAAAAUGGCGCCCCCGAAAUCUAAGAAAACUGUAUCAAAGAAAGUGAAGAAAUCAAAACCAUGCUACGAUUGUUCGGAGUCAGAUAGCGAUUCCUACGAUUCAGAAUCUGAGAGUUGCAGCUGCAGUUCUUGCGACGAAUCGGGAAACUGCGGGAUUCCGGCUACUCGGAAGGCGGGGAAGGGAAAAUCGAAGAGCAGAUCCAACUUCGUGUCGAAAAUCGGCAAAGGAAAGUCCAAGAAAUCAAAGCCCAAGAAAAAUCAGCGCAAGAAAAAAAUGUCGUCGUCUUCGUCCUGCGACUGUUCCGACUGUUACACGGACUUCAGUUCGGACGAUUCCGACUUCUGUUGCCCGUUGAUUUCCGGACGUUCGAGACCUUCGGGAAGCAAAACAUCCGGAGGAUAUUCUUGCGCAUAAAAUUUUUCGUUCAAUUUCAUCGUUACAAUCAUCAUUACAAUUAUUACUGAUCGAGAUCAAAUGUUACGGUGAUACUCUCAUGUCUAUAGCACUAUUUUAAUUGUUAACGGCCAUUUUGCAAUAAUUCCGUUAACAAGAUGGCGGUUUUGUUUCUUCAUUUUUUUUCUUCCGUCAAAUGAAAACCGUCCGAUUCUCUCUGUUCGAAUUUCUAUAUCGUUACGUGCAUUGAUAAAUAUGAUAAAAAAAAAGAGAAGGAAUAAAAAAAACUGGAAUUAUUCGGUCCUUCAUUUUUAAUAUUCAUAAUACGAAAAAAGAGAUAAAAAUACGUCGCACGUCUGCAGUUGAAAAAAUUUUCCGUUUUCUGUUGCCAAAAUUUAUUAGAUAGAUAUUAUAUGUGAAUAUAAGUAUAUAUGUUUAUGAAUAUUUAUUUAUUAGGUGCGUAUAGGUUAUAUUAUAUUAUCUUCGACUUAUUCAUGUAUCCAUAUAAUAACGUAGAGUUCGAUUUGUUGAAUGGGCGAUCGAAUAUUGAUCGAUAAAUUUCCGAAGCCGCGACGAUUAUCGCGUUAGGAAUAAACACAG